AUGUUCACAAGAGUAGACAAGCAUCUCUUCUCCUUUAGUGGUUUGGAUGACGUAACACUUUUUGAGUUUUCAGGAUUUGUGACAGUUGAAGAGGGUCCAAUUAAAGGAUCACAAAUCAAAUUUCAAUUGAAGGACGUCGGACGAAUCAGUUUCAGCCGUGAUUUGCCAGUUCAUGACCUCGUCAGGGAAUGGACGCUGUUGGACAAGAACACGUUGCAAGCUCGACUGAAUAUGGAGACGUUGACGCAUGGCAUGCAAGAACAUACAUUUAUUCGAUAUCACAAAAUUGCUCCUUAG